AUGUCUUUGGCUAGAGGUAGACUAAUUAAAGAAAUGAAAGAGGCAUCCAAACUGGAUGAUCCUAACAUCAAGUUAUACGUAUCAAACUCUAACAUAUUUAACUGGACUGCAUACAUCAGAGGACCAGAAGGAACACCAUUUGAGUCUGGGAUAUUUAAACUCUUAAUCCAUUGCCCUAAUUCGUAUCCCAUACAACCACCUACAGUCCAUUUUGUUACAAAAUGUUUUCAUCCUAACAUAAAUUUUCAAACAGGAGAAUUAUGUAUUGAUAUUCUCAAGUCAAAUUGGAGUCCAGCUUGGACAAUUCAAUAUCUUUGUCGAGGAGUCAUCUACAUACUUUCUUCUCCUAACCCUGAUAGUCCUUUAAACUGUGAUGCCGGGAAUCUGGUCAGGUACGGAGACCUUAUAGGAUACAAAUCGAUGGCAAAAAUGUAUACACAUGAAUACUCACUCAAAGAGUUUCCUAAUUCUUGA